AUGGAAGAUUUUGCCAAUCACGACAGAUUUGUGCCAAAUGUGACACCUGAUUUAGCCUCUAUGAGGACCCUUAAAGAAUCCCAGAGCGAUAUAGUACUUCCUAAUGGGAAAUAAGGCUAAUAAUUUCAACUGUGAGAUAUUCCAAAAUGACUGAAAUGGUAAAAAUAAAGGGAAAUACAACAAAGUUGAUCAUAAUCAUCCACGCAGGACUGACCUCAUCGACCCAUUAGAUGCCGUAGUCGAUGGAUUUAAGAAGAAGAGGAGUAAUUAUAAUAAACGAGUUGGUCAUUAUUCCUCAGCUAGGAAUAUCUCACAUGGUGGCUCCAGUGUCCAGAAAUGAAGGAUUACGAAAGGCAAAGGGAAGAAGUUGUCCUCACAGAACCUCUCUAGUAAGAGGAAGAGGUCUAGCCAGAAAAUGAGCCAGGCUAAUAAGCCUCACAGCACCAAGGCCAGCUUUGUUGACAAGAAGUGAGUACAAGGAAUUUCUACUGACAUGUAUACAAAAGACAUAAGUGUUGAGAGCAGGAACACAAAUCGGUUUAAAGCUAAUAAAUUAAAACAAAGCAUUGAAGUUUUCAACUCAGUAGGGUUUUCAACGAGUCAAUCUAAGGCCUCAGGUACCCCAAUGACCCAGAUGCAAUCAUAUGCUGAGAAAGAGGACUUAAGAAGAGGCCCUAAUAAAGGGCGGAGACAUCGAAGUCAUGCAAGAAACAAGAACUCUAUAAAUCCUGCUGAGGAAGAAACCUCAAAUCUCCGAUCUUCAGAACGCAACAGCGCUAUCAGGAAUAUCCAAAUGGAUGGCUUCUGGGUACAUAAGAAUGACCAAAAGGAAGGGUAUCCACCGAAAAGCCCAAGCGAAUCUAAGACUUCUCUGUUCGCUUUCCUCCAGAAACUAGAAGGCAAAGGGUUCAAGGAUAGACUCGAGCGUGGCUACUUACUUCUCGAUAGGAAGAACCGAAUAAUCCCUAGUUAUAAGAGUGAAAUUAAGAAUGAACAAUCAAGUGUUAUAGCAUUUUGGAUUUCAGGUAGCAAAUACCCUAAUCCUAAUUCUCUUGACAAGGAUUUACUAAAGAAAGUCAAAUUCAAGCUUUCUCUGAAAAUUGGCAAAAACAGUUACUUAUGAGCACUGUGUGUUGAGAAGUACUGUAAAUUAAUGAAUUCAAGGCCGGAAAGACUUCAUAUUAGCGAUAAUUGCCAGAUAGAGGCCUUUUCACAAGAGGUUUCACAUUCAGAGGAAGCUAAUAACAGGGAAAAUUCUGAGAUAACAGACAGUCCUCAUAAAGGUAUCUAUAUUUUUACAUGCAUGCGGAGGGAUUUCAUCAAGAAUGUGUGAGCUUACUGAAAGACUUUCAGCGAAGAGCCUAUUCCGAAGGUCAGAAAGAGAUCUUCCUCUCGAAGGUCCAGGAGCAGAAGCAAGAGAGAUCGCAAAUCCUCAAAAAGAGGCCAUGAGCUCAGGUCCUCCAAGCAAGCUCUGGUAUCUGACCAAAAUACUAAAUGUAAAGACAAGAGUGGUAUGGGAAGAAAAACUUCAUUUGGUCAAGCUGUAAUUAAAGAUCAUGCUAAUAAAGAAAACAUUCCGUCAAAUAUGCUUAGGAAGCAACAAAAAUCCUCCAGAAACUCUGCUGUUUAUAAUAAGAAAUCAAAUAGUAAUGGUAAAAGCUUCGCUAUGCUUCAUGAGGUGAUUAAUAAGAAACCCAAGCAUUCGAAUAACAAUGAUCCAGAUUCCAAAAACCACGCAAAAGCUAGGAGCAUAGCAUCUUGACAAAAGAAAGCUCCUGAUGCUCCUUUUGUCACUCUGAAUGUUCAAAACUCAGAUUGCUAUGAUGGCAAAACCGAAACUCGAGGGAACUCAAGUUCUAAUCGGCAACGCCAGGUGGUUCUUAACACUGAGAGAUUUGAAGAGUUUUCCGAACUAAAGCUUAAAAAGAGUCAAUCUGAGGCAGAUUGUAUCCGGAACCAAGAUCUUGCUAGCAUUCAGAGCUAUUGAACCCCUUAUGGAUUUAAAGGAGAAGUUGAUCAGAAUGAACUCCUCAAUUUAGACAACCAAAACCAUUUGGUGAAUAUUUAUCACUCUUUAAGCACUCCAAACUCGCAGAACACUGUGGAAACCACGAUUGACAGGAAUGUAGACAGUACAUACUCUGAUAUGCCUUCUAGAGAGUACAAGAGGUUAUCUGGAGGCAUCAAAAGUAUCAUCUCUCCAUCUGCCCAUACAGAAAAGGCAUACAAGCUGAAAUCCCAACGUCAAAAUGACAAGAACCCUAUCACUGGUCUCAAAAAGGCUGAGUCCCAAAAAGAUGUGUACGAAAAUAGGAAGAAAUGUAAGAGAAAGAAAAUCAAGACUGGUUCGAUUAUAAACACAGAUAGAUGUGCUAAUGAAGAUCUGUUCACUAGCCUGAAUUCGAAACAUAAUGAGGAUGGUAACUACAACUUCUUUUCUGAUUCUAAACCUCCUACAAAGAGACAUUGAGAGGUAGUACAGAAAGAAAUAAAAUAUAAGCGGAAAGACCCUGGUAAUCACAACUGCAAAGGUGUGAAGAAGCUGAAUAUAAUCCAUCUCAAGCAGAAGCACGCUAGGAAGUCCUCUAAGGGAGACUCUUCGAAAUUCUAUAAGAAGUACAAAAAGAGGAAGCUCCAAAAUGAACGAUCUAGCUCAGUCCGGACUCUGAAGGACUCCGAAGGAUCUAAACCUACACUGAAGAGGCAUUCCUCUAGGAACUCCAGCCGACUGAGUAACAAGGCUGGGCCAAGCAUGCCUUAUAGUGCCAAGAAUAAGCAUUGUGAUGAGAAGAAGGAGAUCAUUAUCGGUCAUGAGCAGAGAUUCAUGAUUGAUAAUAUGAACUUACAGAGUCUUGGCUCUAUUAGUAUUAUUAAAAAUUCAGACUGUUCAAGCCAUUUGAAGAAUCUGAAGCAAGCCAUGGAGUCAAGCGAGGAUUAUAUCUCUGAUGUCAUAGAGGAUUCUAAUAAAGCUUUGAGAGAGCUAGGGGAUGUUAAAGACUUGGAAUUUGGAUGUAACAUGUCUUCUUGAACGAGCGCCAUGAGUGACUCCUCAACUUUCCUAAUGAUCAACCCUCUGGACGAGAAGACGAAUGCUUACGGUUUUGACACUCUACACAAAGGUACUAGUGACUUGAAGGAAGAGGAAUGGACAAUGACUAUUCCGAAGAUGCGGGUUCUGGAAGAGAAAUAGAGUUUAGUGGAU